GUCUGCGUUUCAUUCACAGGCUGCGACUGAAGAUGAAACAACAACAACAACAACAAAACAAAAUGACUUCACACAAAGUGUCGCACAGCAGGAGGGUGGAGGUGACGGAGCUGGAGCAGUUUUUGACCGAGCCUCCGGCUGGUUUCUCCGUGGAGCCUCUCAGCGGAGGCGGUUAUCGUGUCCACAGUGACCCGGAGAGGAACCUGGUCCUCAUCGAUGACUGUCAGUCCUGCAGAGGGACCGUUGUUUUCCACAAGUCACCGGGAAGGAGCGUUAAGAUGCAGAACUUGUGGGAGUACACCAGCACGAGGAAGAGCCUGUUGUCCAAGUGGAUCUACGUGCUGACGUCUGCCUGCCGGGAGAACUGCGACAAGAAGUCGACCGAUGAGUUCGCAGUGCUGAAGCAAUAUGUGGUGGCCAUUGACGGCAGCGAUCCUCUGAUCAAGUGGCAGAUGGAGCGAGGCCUGGACUGGACCAUCUCGUCUGUGGCCGGGGAAAGCUACAGGGUGGAUAUUGACUUGACUGAAGCCGUGGAGAGCUGGGCUGCAAAAAACAUCAACGUCAACACGGACGAUCUGAUGCAAGAUGAACCCGUGUGGAGAGACGCCUCCUUCACCCUCAAAUACUACUCUGACGCCCUCUUUGAUUUCCCACACUGGUUCGGCUUCAGCAAGAGAACCUUUAAGCUGAGACUGACGUGAGGAAAACAAAC